AUGGAGGAGCAAGCUGUAGUGUUGGAGAAGGUGUCAUGGUCUAUAGACAUGAAACAACGAUUCGACGAUGAACUGUGCAAAAUUCGAGUUAAUGCUGCAAAAAACAGUAUUUUCUUAACCGAAACUACUUACCAGAAGUUAAUAAAUGAUGUACAAAAAGCCAAAAUGACUACUAAGAAGGAACCCAGGGAUUAUUGGUUGCUGAAUCGCUAUGAUGUGAUGAUUGUAGAAAACAAAAGUAAACUCAUUUAUCCUGUUAAAGAAGGCGUCAGUACUAUACAGUAUUACGUCACGGACUCAGAAUUAUUUCACGUGCUUCAUGAAGCUCAUUUGGCUAUUGGACACGGAGGACGUGAUAGAAUGUUGAAAGAACUUUCAGUCAAAUACAAAAACGUUACACGUCAUGAUAUUGAACUGUACAUCCACCAUUGCCAGAAAAAAACAGAAAGGGAAUUUGCCAAUAAUGUGGUGACCAGCUUGAAGGAGUUUUGGCCAGCACUGAAGAUCGUCCAUGGGAAGCCUCGCCAUUCACAAAACCAGGGUAGUGUCGAAAGAGCUAAUCAAGAUAUCGAAAAUAUGCUCUGUACUUGGAUGCAGGACAACAAAUCUGACCGCUGGAGUGAAGGACUACGUUUCGUUCAAUUUAUGAAAAAUAGAGCUUAUCAUUCUGGGUUCAAAAGAACACCAUACGAAGCUCUUUUUGGCUGCAAACCUAAAGUAGGGCUUACAUCGUCUUUUCUACCAGAAGAUGUUUUAAAAGACAUAAAUACAGAGGAGCAGCUAGAAAAAGUAAUAGAAAGCGUCAAAACAAUGGAAAAAGGUGAACCUAAUCAGAUUAUGCAAGAAAAAGAGCCUGUUUUAAAAAAACAUGGAUGA